AUGUUGAAAUCCAUUGUCUGCUUCUGUUUAUUUGCUUUCAUAUCGGUUAAUGCCGCCCAAUAUGAAAUCACUAAAGAAGGUCUCCAAUAUUUAGCCAAGGCUAAAUUAUCUGAUUUACCACAAUCAGUUCAAUUAGCAUUAGCUCGUCAGAGUGGACGUGCUGGUGGUGAUGCUUCACAUUGGUGUUGUAUUAACGAACAGCCCAUUACAACAGAAACAAGAACAAAAAUUGAACAUGGUACACGUGUUGUAACUACAAAGACAAAAGUUGGUUAUAUGGACUGUGGAUUUCUUGGUACAAUGAAAUGCAGUCAAUAUGUUACAAGUACUCGAGCUGAAUUGUACACCUUCAUUCAAACAUAUCAAGUUCCCGUUAUGUCUGCAUGCCAAAGUCAUGAAGUUAAAUGUUGUUCAAGCUACAUCGAAGUUGCUGGAAAUUGUCAUUCGUUUGCUGACUUGAUGGCUCAUCAAGAACUAUUUCAAUUUUUAUCCGGUAGUGGUUUACUUACAUUGUCAGGUGCCAUCGGAAAAUAA